AAUAACUCAUCUAGGCGAUCCUAAGGUAGAGAAGUGUGUUAGUGGAUGGAUGUUGAUUAUUGCUGUUAAGAAAAGUUUGUUGAAGCAUGAAAAAGUCAUGAUUGAACUGCCAACUCCAAAUCCCCGAGCAUUCAUCUAGCAAGAGAAAGAAGGAGAAGAAAACUAAAGCUGCGGAUUGCUUGGUGGCUUGCUACUAGCUAAUUAAACGAUGAGUUAGCUGAAAGGAGGGCGGAAGAUUGUCAAUUAGCUGGCUAGAUAGACUCGUCAUUCAAGAUAAGCACCAUCAAUUCUCCAAAACUCGAAUCAGCCAAAAUCGUCUGUCUUCGGCUCUUCGCCACUCGGUUUCUAUAUCGUCUUCUUCAUUCAGUAGGUACUAAUUGUCGUUCUUAAUUACUAAGUGCGAAGUUAUUUAUUUCUUUCAUGAUUGAGAUAUCUAUAUAUAGCUUGAUGAAUAAAAGACUCGUAUGUGUGUGAGAGUAAUGUUAUGUAUCUAAACGUUUGGUUUAUGUAACUAACUAGGGUUCGAGCAGUCUCUCGGGCGGCAGCUGGUAGAAUAAAAGAAUGAGGGGGAAGCCGAUCAUAUCAUCAGGCAAAGCCAUAAUACUGCUAUGCAUGGGUAGCUUUGUGGCGGGAGCACUGCUUACCAGCUGGAGUGGCAGCGGUGGCAGCAGUCACAAAAGCUAUUCUUCAGCUGCCAAAGACAACCACCACAACCAUAGACAACUUGUACCUCCGCGCACUCCUCAUAAUUUCUCCACUGAACCGAACCAAGCUAAGCACGACUGCGAGCACAAGCGUAAACUGGCAGAGGAGAGGCCAGCAGCAGCUGCUAUUGGAGAUAUAAUGGAUGAAGUAGAGAGAACCCAUCAAGCUAUCAAGUCGCUGGAGACAACAAUGUCGUCAUUAGAGAUGGAACUGGCAGUGGCUAGAACAAGGCAACAGGAGCCUGCUGCAGCAAGGGGGCAAGUUACGCACAAUGUUAAUGCUAGAAAUUCAUCAAAUAGUAAGAUUAAUGAUUCGUCAACGAUGCCAGGAGUAGUCGGGGUAGGGCUAGGACUGGAACUGCAAAAGGCGUUCGUAGUGAUCGGAAUCAACACAGCAUUCAGCAGCAGGAAACGGCGGGAGUCGGUUCGGGAGACGUGGAUGCCGAAAGGUGAGAAGCUCAAGGCCCUGGAGAAGGAAAAAGGGAUAGUGAUAAGGUUCGUGAUAGGCCACAGCGCUACCCCUGGGGGAGUUCUUGACAAGGCACUCGACGCCGAGCAAGACAAACACAAUGACUUCCUCAGGCUCAACCACGUCGAGGGUUACCACCAGCUGUCCACCAAAACCAGACUCUAUUUCUCUGCUGCCGCCUCCAUUUGGGACGCCCACUUCUACGUCAAGGUCGAUGACGACGUUCACCUCAACUUAGGAAUGUUGGUUACCACUUUGGCAAAAUAUCGUUCGACACCCAGGUUAUACAUUGGAUGCAUGAAAUCUGGACCGGUUCUAUCUCAAAAAGGGGUUAAGUACCAUGAGCCCGAGCACUGGAAAUUCGGGGAAGAAGGGAACAAGUACUUUAGACAUGCAACCGGCCAACUCUAUGCCAUCUCCAAGGACCUGGCUGCCUAUAUUUCCCUCAAUUCGCCCAUACUUCACAGAUAUGCAAAUGAGGAUGUGUCAUUAGGAGCGUGGUUGAUUGGGCUGGAGGUUCAACAUGUAGAUGAGCGCUCCAUGUGCUGCGGUACACCUCCAGAUUGUGAAUGGAAAGCAGAAGCAGGAAAUGUAUGUGUGGCAUCGUUCGACUGGUCUUGCAGUGGAAUUUGCAAGUCUGUGGAGAGAAUGAAACAAGUGCAUACUUCAUGUGGUGAAGGUGAAGCUGCUGUUUGGAAUGUUGAUCUUUGACCAACCUGACACCGUUAGCUAGCUAGCUAACUACUUUGACUUGAUGUCUGCUAUUUCAAAUCUACUACCGCACAUCUAUACUAUAACUUAUUCCCUUUUUUCCACCACAUGUUUACUUUUAGCUAGCUAGCCAGCCAUAUGCAUAUAUAUUAUCAACAUCAUUUUGGGAUUCGUAAAUUUAUAUUGGGUUCAAACUUUUGCAUUAUCAAGUAAAAAUUGAGUCACGCA